AUGGGCCGCUCUGAUGCUGACUUUUUUGAGACACACACAAUUGAUGUAGAAAAUAGGUUGGCAGACCUAUUUUGGGCUGAUGGAAUUUCCCGUCGUGAUUAUGCUUGUUUUGGGGACAUUAUGGAUUUCGACUCCACCUACAAGAAGAACUCAUACAAUAAGCCCCUGCUUAUCUUUGUCGGGUUGAAUCACCAUUACAGGACAAUAGUCUUUGCAGUUGCUUUGCUAUAUGACGAGACCGAGGAGACAUAUACUUGGGUUUUAGAGGAAUUUCUAGAGUGCAUGAAAAACAAACCACCUCUUGUGGUGGUCACCGACGGUGAUCAUGCUAUGGCGAAAGCAAUACAAAAUUUUUUCCCAACUUCUGUUCACCGGUUGUGUGCUUGGCAUCUUCAGAAUAAUGUAACUAUUAAUGCGCCUCAUCCUGUAUUCAAGUCCAAGUUCAAUGAACUACUUUAUCAAUACUGUACCGAGAAAGAUUUCGAGGAUACAUGGAAUAAAAUGGUUUCAGAAUUCGAAUUUGAGGAUAGUCGAUGGGCAACAACUACCUACAAUAGUAGGAGGAGUUGGGCAGAAUGUUUCCUACGAGGGCAUUUCUUUGGGGGACUAAGAACUACUCAAAGAUCAGAGUUAAUUAAUUCCUACUUGUCCCACUUCUUAACGAGCAAACUCAAACUUAGAGAUCUGGUUGGCCAAGUAGACAAGGCCAUACAAAGUAUUCGUCACACAGAACGGGAAGACGAAUUCAUCAGCAACCAUAGUACGCCACAAUUACCAUCGAACAUCCUCCGACAGUACUAUGAACAGGUGGCUUCGAUUUUGACAAGGAACAUGUACAAAAAAGUUGAGGAACAGAUCACGAGUGCAUUGGCUUACUCAGUGGACUCCACCAACGUAUCCAUUGACUUCGGGUUCUACUCACUGACGCGGUUUCCAAAGGGACUUGUACGAAUUAUGAAGCACCUCAACAUACCAUGCAUUCCUGAAUCUCUGUAUAAGGACCGGUGGAAGAAGGAUGCGAAAAACACGAUUGGGUUAAAAAAUUUAUCCCACUCAACGGUGCCACCGGAUGUGCUAGUUUGUACAAGAUGGGGAUCUUUAACUUCGCGUUUCAAUGCAAUGGGAUACUAUGCCACAAAACAUAAUGAAAAUUUUGAAGAGGCAAUGAAUGAAAUGUCACGUAUGGAACAAAAAUUUAAGUCAAUGUCAGUGGAGGUCUAA